CGUAUUCUCGUUAUACUUUUUUUUGUAAUAUUAAUCUUUAUGUAAAUCAAAAUUUCAAAAAAGGGAAGAAAAAAAAACAAUCUUUUCAUUGUUUCAUAUCACAACUUUUAUGCUUCAUUACACAUAUAAUUCAUUAAUUCUAUUUUCACCCUUUUAUUAACCAAACAUUAUGUCUCUUUAUACAUUUCUUCCCUACAUUUUCAUACUCUUACUUCAGUCUUCUUUUCUGCUCUCAUUUUCGUGCUCCAAUUCUGAAUGCAAGAAUUCACAGGAUUUCAAGGAAGUAGAUUUGUGUGGGAAAUGUGAAGAAGGGUUCCGUUGCUUUGAUUGUGUAGCAGGAUUUAAAGGACCAAGCUGCGUUAGAAGUACCACCACUGAUCAAUUUAAACUCCUGAACAAUUCUCUACCUUUCAACAAAUAUGCAUUCUUGACAACACAUAACGCGUUUGCUAUUGAUGGAGAACCAUCUCAUACCAAAGUUCCUCGAAUCACCUUUUCAAAUCAAGAAGAUAGAAUCACUCAACAGCUACAUAAUGGAGUUCGAGCCUUGAUGCUUGAUACAUAUGACUUCAAUGGAGAUGUAUGGUUGUGUCAUUCAUUUGGAGGAAAAUGCUAUGAUUAUACUGCUUUUGAACCAGCAAUUGAUACUUUGAAAGAGAUUGAAGCUUUCUUAUCUUCCAACCCAACAGAGAUUGUGACCUUGAUAUUGGAGGACUAUGUUAAGGCACCCAAGGGGUUAACCAAAGUAUUUACAAAGGCAGGGUUAAUGAAGUACUGGUUUCCUACUUCAAGGAUGCCAAAACAAGGCCAGGAUUGGCCAUUAGUUAGUGACAUGGUAGCGAAAAACCAAAGGCUUCUUGUGUUUACUUCUAUGAGAUCUAAGGAAGUUAGUGAAGGCAUCCCGUAUCAAUGGAAUUAUAUGGUCGAAAAUCAAUAUGGAGACGGUGGGAUGAAAGCAGGAAAUUGCACAAACAGGGCAGAAUCAUCAGCUCUUGAUGCUACAACCAAGUCUCUUGUUCUAGUAAACUUUUUCAGGUCUGUGCCCUUGAGAGACCUUUCUUGUGUUGACAAUUCCGCGAAUUUGAUCAAAAUUCUUCAUACAUGCCAUGAUGUUGCUGGGAAUAGAUGGGCUAAUUUUGUUGCUGUUGAUUAUUACAAGAGAAGUGAGGGAGGGGGUGCUUUCGAUGCCCUAGACAUGUUAAAUGGAGAGCUGCUUUGUGGGUCUGAUAAUGUACAUGCUUGUAAGCAUGGAUAAUUACUCUGGAUUCUACAAUUGAACGCGAUAAAGCUUCAUAUCAUUUGCUAGGCUGCUAUGUGAUCUAAUCUUUGACAUCAGUCAUUUGAACAAAUUCUUACAUUGUAACAAACACAAAUUGUGUUAUGGAAGUAUCAAUUGUCAUUGUUAUCAUCAAGCUAGUAAAUUAUCAACUGUAAUUUGCUUAAGGGCUAUAUAUAAUAGAAAUUUUCUCAUUGCCAAAAAAAACAGGAUUGGAUUGUUGGAUUUAGAACAUAAUGCAUUGCAAUUCCAGUACACAAAUAACUGGGCCUGAUAUAAGUGGUUAGAUAUUGGGCCAAACGAUUUAUUGGGCUUGAAAGAAAGUAUAACACCGAGGGAUCCAAGCCCACAAUUAAGCCCCAACUCCUUUUUUUUUUUUUUUUUUUUUUAUCAACAUUCCUAAUUUUAAAAUCUGGUGGUCAAUGACUCAGUGCAACCCUUUAUCAUUCUUACCACUUUUUAGAGGAAACAAUUAAAAAAUGUUAGUCUGACCGGCAAAUACCGGACCAAAAAAUAUCGUGAGGGUUGAGGUACGGUUAGGGUCUUUCUUCUUACCUUUAAACAAUUAGAGAAUGUUAUUCUUAAUUAUAACCUUAUGUCCUUAUAUCGUAAAAACAAACAUUUCAUGAUUUUAAAUUAUCAAUUUUAUUUAAGUAAAGCUAUAUCAUAGCAAGACAUUUCAUACUCCUAUUAUAACUAGGUGAGUGAAUUUCCAAAUUACAGAUUUGACAUCUUGCUUGAU